AUGUUAAUUGAGCAUAACAGCAACCGCGACAGCUGGAAAGUUGACCGGGAUAUGAUGCAUCUGCCAAUGCAUGCUACCUUGCCUGACGGCAGACACAUCACCAUUGAUACCAUCACCGACGGUCAGAUCUCUGACAUGUACAGCCUCAUUGUCGCUGCGGCAGUCAACGGACACGGAUUCGGUGUCGACGAAUACCCAACAGAAAAAGACUUCCGGAAAGAAGUUGAUGGUUAUCCGAGCUUUGUUUUAUGUGGUAAAGAGUGCGGGAAAAUGAUAGGUGCAUUCUCGUUGAUUGACAGUAAAUUCUACAGAGGCACAGAAAAUAAACUUGUUGACCCAAUUAUUAUUGUUAAAAAGUCAGAGCGAGGUAAAGGAAUUGGAGACUUUAUUUUUAGACAAGUGGUCCUGUUUUCAAAACGGUUGGGCUUUACAGGUAUUUACACAGACACAUUCAGCAAUAAUCAUGCAAUGAUGAAGAUUAUUGAGCGAUGUCCUGGGUUUCAGCGAGUUGGUCAUUUCCCACUUGGAGGCAAGAUGCCAGAUGGGACAUUGGUGGGUGCAAAUCUUUAUUUCAAAGACUUGAGAAACAUAAGUGAGGACAAUACUUUGGGUUGA